AUGUCAUAUUCAACCAUUAGCAAAUCUACUAAGCGCAGAAGGUAUUUAGAGGAAUUAGAAUUGAUAGAACUGGAUAAUGAAAGUAUUCAUAGUGAACCAGAAAGUAUAGUUCAACCAAAUGUAUCUAGUUGUAGUGCCAGUUUAAAUCUAAAUUCCGAAUCAAACUCUUUACUGUUACCAAAUCUAAUUCAUAAUUUACCUCACUUUGAUAGUAAUAAUAUCUGUGAUGAUGAAUAUGAUGCAAUUAGUUUUUCAUCCAAUUCUGAUAUUGAGGAUGAGGAUAAAUUAAGUUUUACUAAUGAAUAUCCAAAUGAACAUCACUCCCUAGAUAAUGAAACAGAUUCAUCAAUUUUAAACAAUUUAGCUAAAUGGGCCGUAUCUUAUAAUAUUUCUCAAGUUGCUUUGAGUGCAUUAUUGAAGGUUUUAAAAAUGCAUAAGUGUCAUAAUUAUUUUCCUGUAGAUGCCAGAACUAUAUUAAAAACCAAGUCAUCUGUUCAACCUUUGCAAGUACAGACAGUGACACCCGGUAGUUUUUAUUAUUUCUCAAUAUGUAAUAGUUUGAAGAGUAUUUCUGAUUCUGACUAUGAAUAUUUUGUUGAAGACAAAAUCAAAAUAGUUGUAGGGAUUGAUGGUCUGCCCUUGACCAAAAGUUCAUCUAGCUGUUUUUGGCCAAUACUUGGAUAUGUUCGUCAUCCUGUUUAUAAACCUCAUGUUUUUUUAAUUGGGUUAUAUUGGGGUAAAGAUAAGCCUCUCAACUGCAAUCCUUUUUUGUUAGAAUUUGUGAAUGAAACAAAAGCAUUAUAUGAAACAGGGUUUCAAACAGCAUUUGGUAUAAAACAAGUAAUUAUAGAUACUAUAUGUUGUGAUUUACCAGCAAAGAGUUUCAUCUUAAAAACUAAAGGACAUACUGGUUAUUAUUCGUGUACUAGGUGUUUAAUAAGUGGUUUUUAUUUUGAACAUAGAGUCUGUUUUCCCGAUACAGAUUGUAUUACUAAGAGAACUCACUUAGAUUUUUUAAAUAGAACUGAUGAAGAAUUCCAUAUGACUGAUGAAGUUUCUAUUAUCACUGAAAUACCUGGUAUAGAUAUAGUAAAUAGUAUUAGCAUUGACUAUAUGCAUCUAGUUUGCUUAGGAGUGACAAAAAAAUUAAUUUUGUUGUGGCUUGGAUGCAUUAAAAAUGCACCUGUUUCGGUUAGAUUGCAAAGUAAAAAAGUCAAUGAUAUUACUAAAGAACUACUUUUAGCAUUGAGACUUUCAGUAUGUAGUGAUUUUUCUAGAGUUCCUCGGGGGUUGAAUGAAGUUAAUAGGUGGAAGGCAACUGAAUUUCGUCAAUUCCUUCUUUAUACUGGCCCAGUUGUUCUACAAACCAUUUUAAAUAGUGAAUACUACUUACAUUUUCUUUCUUUACAUGUUAGUUUUCGAAUUCUUUUAGCACCAAAUGUUAGCACAGACCUUGUUAAUUUUGUUGAAAAAUUAUUAAAAUAUUUUGUAGACAAAUUUCGUGAAAUAUAUGGUAAAGAAUUUAUGUCACUUAAUGUACACAACUUAUUGCACAUUGUUGAUGACUAUAAGAAAUUUGGUGCCCUCGAUAGUUGCUCAUGUUUUCCAUUUGAAAACUACAUGAAAACUCUUAAAAAAAUGAUAAGAAAACAUGAGAAACCAUUGGAGCAGGUUAUAAAACGAUAUCAUGAAUUUCAAAUGUUUGGUGAGUAUGAAUUGAAUGCAAGGUCUGGGUCUAGUAUCAAUAUAAAAUAUUUAAAAAUAUAUAGCGGUGGACCAUUGCCUGAAGACUGCAUAAAACCGGAAUUUAAAAUUGCUAUAAAAGAUAAUAUAAAAAUUAAUAUAAAAUCAUUUUCUGAUGCUUACAUAGGUUAUACUUUUGAAGGCAAACUUAAUAUUUUUAAAGUUGUUAAUAUAUGUGUUCAUAAAAGUAGUAAAAAAAAAGUAUUUGUAGCUCAAUCAUUCAAUACAAUUCAUCCGUUUUAUGAAAAACCAAUUAAUAGUAUGAAAAUAGGUAUAGCUAUUUCUUGGUAA